UGACACAGUAAGGAGCUGUCACAUAUAAACAUUGCACUGCACACACGUCUGUUUGACUAAUAACGAGCAUGCUUAAUUAUAUAGUGAUUAACACAUUGCGGAUAUACUGUAGAUCAGCAUGAAUGAGCGGUUAUGGGAGAAACGCGCGGUUUGUGGAGAGCAGCGUGAUGGAGGAGAGAUAGAUAUCUGAAAGCCACUCCUGCUGUCACCUACUCAGUGUACACCUAAUACUACACUCACUCUGGAUGGAUGUGUUGGCCGUGUGACCUCCAUAUAGAACCUCCUCCUGACCAGGAGAAGCAACUUGUCCCGAGAAAGAGUCUUUGAGCGGUGGUCUGGUAGAGAUGUAUUCACCACAGAAGAAGGAUUUUGUGUCUUUGACAGUUAGAGAACAACACAACCGCGGCUACACCAACGGCAAACACCGAAGACAGUCCUGCUGGAGGAAAUGGAAGCAGCUUUCUCGACUGCAGCGCAGCCUCAUUCUCUUCCUGCUGGCCUUCCUCUUUAUAUGUGGGAUUCUGUCCUAUUCCAGUCUCACGGAGCAGUGGAGAGGUAUCUCUGAUCGGUCAUUGAAGGAGGAUUGGGAUGAAGUGGAUAAUCGAGGUCUCAGGCCCAUUCCUCCUGGCCUCAUCCCAAAGCUGUCUGCAGGAGUUGGUAUUCAGGACGUCCCAUCAGAUGUUAUACCAGAGGUUCAGAGACCCAGCAUUCCAUUACUUCCUAAGCCUCCAUCUAUGAGAAAACCUCCUAGCAAGCGUGGUCCUCCAGCGCUACAGAAGCGAAUGAACGUGUCCGACUGGCAGCUGAAAGAUGGAGAAGAAGGCUUGAUCAAGACAGAUGAAGAUGGAGCAAAAGAAGCAAUAACAGUCAUUAGUUGGCGCGGGGCGAUGAUUGAGGCGGAGCAGGGCACUGAGCUUCAGUCCACCGUUCGAGGAAAAGAUGCAACUGUGGUUGAUGCUGAGGAAGCUGCUGACUUAAAAACAGGGACGGUGAAACCGGUGGAUCGUGUGGAAGCGGUGCAGGAGGCCUUCAGGCAUGCAUGGAAAGGUUAUAAGGCUUUUGCGUGGGGUCAUGAUGAGCUGAAGCCAUUAUCUAAGACUCAUGGAGAGUGGUUUGGUCUGGGCCUUACGCUCAUAGACGCACUGGACACCAUGUGGAUCCUGGGUCUAAAAGACGAGUUCGCGGAGGCCAGGAAGUGGGUGGAGACAGAAUUAUCCUUCUCCAAGAAUGUGGAUGUCAAUCUUUUUGAGAGCACCAUCCGCAUUUUGGGAGGUCUCUUAAGCACAUACCACCUGAGCGGCGACACUCUCUUCCUGGAUAAAGCUAAAGACAUUGGACUCAGAUUAAUGCCUGCCUUCAAAACUCCAUCUAAAAUCCCCUACUCUGACGUAAAUAUUGGUAAAGGAACGGCUCAUCCUCCACGCUGGACCACAGACAGCACAGUCGCAGAGGUGACCAGCAUUCAGCUGGAGUUCAGAGAGCUCAGCCGGCUCACACAGGACCCGCAGUACCAGAAUGCAGUGGAAGAGGUGACCAAACAGGUCCAUAGAUUGGAGGGGAAGCGUGAUGGACUGGUACCAAUGUUCAUCAACACAAACAGUGGCAAAUUCACACGGCGAGGGGCCUUUACCCUGGGGGCCCGAGCAGACAGUUAUUAUGAGUACCUGCUCAAACAGUGGCUUCAGGGCGGCAAGAAGGAAACUGAGCUGCUGGAGGACUAUGUUCAGGCUAUAGAAGGUGUCAAGAAGAAUCUUUUAAAACAGACUUCUACUAGUAAACUGACCUUUGUUGGAGAGCUUUCCAAUGGUCGUCUGAAUCCCAAAAUGGAUCAUUUGGUAUGUUUUCUUCCUGGAACACUGGCUCUCGGUGCCCACAACGGUCUGCCAGCAGAUCACAUGGAACUGGCCAUUCAGCUGAUAGAGACGUGCCAUCAGAUGUAUGUGCAGAUGGAGACAGGCCUGAGUCCAGAGAUCGCUCACUUUAACCUACAAAACCACAACGGACGAGACAUCGACGUGAAGCCUGCAGACAGACACAACUUGCUGAGACCCGAGACUGUUGAGAGUCUGUUCUACAUGUACAGAUUCACCAAGGACAGCAAGUACAGGGACUGGGGCUGGGAGAUACUGCAGAGCUUCAACAAGCACACAAGAGUUCCCAGCGGUGGCUACACUUCCAUAGGUAACGUCCGCGACCCGUUAAACCCUGCACCCAGAGACAAGAUGGAAAGCUUCUUCCUGAGCGAGACGCUAAAGUAUUUCUUCCUUCUGUUCUCUGACGACACGGAGCUCAUCAGUCUGGAUAAAUACGUGUUCAACACUGAAGCCCAUCCGCUGCCCAUAUGGCCCUCAGCCUCAUGAGGAACCAAUGCCAGCGCUCGCUCUCAAUUUCAGUGAUCUUGAAUUUAACCAGCGAUGAUGCAAGCUUCACCAUAAGCCACCCAUCAGGACCUGCGCUUAUGCACUGUGCACUUGAGCUUUAUUUGGUGCAACGAGACUUUAUAUUCACCCUGAAGGACCCAGAGGUUUGGUGGUGAAACAUGUCAAAUUUGGUUUCUAAAUUCUGUACUUUACAAGACUUGUGACACUCUUGCAUGUCGGAAUAACUGCCAUAUUCGUCCAUAUUUGGGACAUGAAUAUUAGAGCUUCGUAAAUCACAAGGCAGACUGCUGAAGUCAUACACUGUGAAAAACGCCAAGCACUUUGUCAAAUGAAGACUUGUUGUUUUGUUGGUUGCGUGUACAUAAAUGGAUGCUCUCGA